GCCCAUUCUUACACAAGUUUAGGGCACCCAGAGGCGCUGAGCCAUGGCUGAGGACGUUCGCUCCUACCUCGAGCCUUCAUACUGGGACGAGAGGUUUUCCAGGGAGAGCCACUACGAGUGGUUCAAGGACUACUCCCAGUUCCAGCAUUUGAUCCACGCUCAUUGCAGUGGCAAAAACGCAAAGAUUUUGGAACUUGGAUGUGGCAACUCGCGCAUGAGCGAAGAUAUGUACCGAGACGGCUUCACGGACAUCACAGCGACUGAUCUCUCGCCUGUGGCUGUGGAGAGCAAGCGACGGAGAUGCUCCGACUUGAACUAUGGCAUCAAAGUUCUUGUAGCUGAUAUCAUGGACAUGCCAUUCAAGGACGCGAGCUUCGACGUUGUGAUCGAGAAGGGAGUGAUGGAUGUUCUCUUCGUGGACAGCGGGAGUCCCUGGGAUCCAGAGCCCCAAACAAGAGCCCGAGUUGACGCGACGCUCAAAGAGGUACACCGAGUUCUUGGAGCGAAUGGUGUUUUCAUCUCAAUAGCAUUUGGCCAGCCUCACUUUCGACGCCCCUUUUUCGAGGCCAGUGGCUUCGAGUGGUCCAUGGAGUACUCAACCUUUGGAGACUCGUUCCACUAUUAUUUUUAUACGCUAAGAAAGGGAAUGGCCAGAAAGGUUUUGCCUCGAGACUCGAUGGAAAUCACAAGCAUUGACAUGGUGCAGGAGCAAAUGGAUGACGAAGAUUAUAUCAUGAGAACCAUGAUGGUCGAUGACGACAAAACCACGUCCAGUUGAUCGAUCAUUCCAAAUGUCCUCGAGGUCCGAAACACUCUCGCAGCCUAUAUCCCCAUCGUGUAACUGGCAUGCAGUGAAGGCCGUCCAGGCAACAUUGUCGCAUGGCGGGCCAAAUCCUUGGCGAGCACCCACUCGCACCACACACCCCGCCGACCAGCACGCUGCUCUAGUGUGGCAGCACGCCAAAGUCGAUGCAGCGCCAUCCGGGGUCCAAAUCGCCGCAGUGCUUGCAAGCGAGAAGAGCGCUCAAGAACGAUGUCUCAUAGGGCCAAACCGACGUAGCAGCACGCUUGCAAUCCCCACAGCUCGAGCACCACGCUAUCAUGGGGCACUGUGUCCAAGACUAUCAAGCAACCGGAACGUCCGAUCCUGGCAGUUCAGACGUUUCUUUCUGGCAUUCUCACAAAGGUGGCCUCCGCUUCCAGAAGAUAGAUAUAUGCACAGGCGGUCCGUCUGGAGUCCGAGGUAGUGGACAAAACGCCCGUGGUCGUGAAGAUGCUGGCUGGAGCUGGAUUCGUGGGCGAUGCCAGGAACGUUUUUGAGAGCUGCAAGAGUUCGCGUAAGGAUCCGGUGUCGUGAUCAAGGCGUAUGCACAGCAUGGAAACAUGGCGGAAGUUAUCGAUAUUUUCCGGGGACCGUCACCUUAGUGAGUGCAUUCUCAUCGCUUGCAGCCGGGCCGGUUUGCUGGAGGAAUCCAUCUACCAGUUUGGAUCUAUGAGCUCGGAUCACUGGCUCGCUGGGUGUAAGAUCCACAGAACGAGCGAGGAAACUCUGAGAAGGAUGGAGUCCCGGUCGGGCGGGCUGUGGAGACGAGGAAGAGGGUGCUCUCGUCUAACCGGGGCGGGAAGAGUGUCGUGCUCGUGGGAUUGUUCGAUCCGAGGCGAGCAAGCAGCAGAUUGAUCAGGAUUCGCUCGUCAUUCUCACCAGAUGCCCGAAGAUGAAGAUCCAGCAUCCGGUGGAAGACAAGAGUUGCUCCCCCGGAAGAGGUGUGACUAUUUUCUCCGCCUGUGAUCUCUUGUCCAUGUGGAUUGGAUUGGCCAAAAAGAACACAAAGUUCCUCUUUGGGUU